AGCUGGUUGCUCACUGGGGUUCUUAUUUCAGAGUAUGCCCAGCCCUGGAAGAAAUCUCUGACUGGCCCUGGGUGAACAUAUCAAGCAGCUUUAAGUCUGACUGGCAGUGGAGCCAACACCAUAGGUUAAAUAGGAAGCUGCCUUAUCCUUAUCCUGCCUUAUACCCUGGGUGCAUCUAGCUCCGAAUUGUCCACACUGAUUGGCAGCAGUCCUCCUGAAAGACUCAGGCAGGAGUCCUUCCAAGCCCUACCUGGAGAUACCACAGAUUGAACCUGACACCUUCUGCAGGCAAAGCAGAUGCUCUGCUGCCACUGAGCUAUAGCUCCUCCUCCUGAGGCUGCCAAGAUGGAAGAGGUGCAGUCUCGCCCCAGCGUGGCCUUUCUGAAUGUGGCCUCAAGCUAUGUGCCCCAUGCCAAGGUGGAGUGUCACUACAACCUGCCGACUGGCAUGAAACCAUCAGCCAAAGACUGGAUUGGGAUCUUCAAGGUGGAAGCCUCCACGGUGCGUGACUAUUAUACCUUUGUGUGGUGCACAGUGCCAGAUGGGGGGACUUCUGGAGGAGCUCUUCUUCACUGUAACGUCCAGUUCCAAGCUAGCUAUCUGCCUAAGCCGGGCCCCCAGCAAUACCAGUUCCGCUAUGUGGAUCGCCAUGGGGAGGUGUGUGGUCAAAGCUCCCCGUUCCAGUUCAGCGAGCCCUGGCCCAUGGAUGAGCUUGUUACUCUGGAGGAGGCCAGUGAUGAUGGCGGAGGCACUGACAUGUUGCUGGUGGUUCCCAAGGCCACCCUGCUAGAGACUCAAUUGGAAGAAAGCCGGCAGGAGCAAGGAGCCCUCAUGCGAGAGUCAUGCCGCCUGAAGGAAGAGGUUCAAGAACUGAGAAGUCGCGUGACCGAGCUGGAAGCAGCACUCGGCUCCCUGCGUGAUGAGCACACUAAGCUGGCUGCACAGUACAAGGAGCUGUCAGAUUCUUACGAGGAAGUGUCCAAGCAGAGAGAGACACUGAGCCUUCAGGAAACUGAGCACUUGGCCCGAAUCCGGGAACUGGAGGGCGAUAUCCAGGCCAUGGGUGAGAAGAUGUUGCAGAGGGAGACAGAUCUAGACAGGGUGAAGGAUACUGUCAAGUCUCUGUUGCGGGAACAAGAGCAGAUUCACAACCAGCUCAAGGAGGAGAAUGCUGAGAAAGAGGAGUACCAGGUCAAGUUGCAGGCCUCAGAGGAGGAAAGCCGUAGCCUGGCCUCUGACCUGAUGGAAGCCAAGACCCUUCAUGGCGAGAGAGUCUCUCAGACACUGGUCCUGCAGGAGGACAUUAACAAAUUGAAACAGAAGCUGGCAGCUGCUAAUUGCCGCACUGCUCAGAUGGAAGGCUUGUGUGAACAGCUGCGCUCCACCCAGGAUAUCCUGGCUGCCAGCCAGCAGAAAGUGGCCUUGUUGGGGGAAGAACUGGCCAGCGUUGCCUCCAUCCGGGACCGGACCAUCUCUGACCUGCACAAGAGUCGCCUUGAGGCAGCCGAGAUCAACAUCAAACUUGCUGAUAUGACUCUGAAGUGGAAAGAAGGCAAGGGCCAGUGGUGGAAGGAGAAGGCCACACUGCUGCAGAACAUGGAGGUAGAGAAGGACAAGAUCUUAAAGCUGAGUGCUGAGGUGCUUCGCCUAGAAAAGAGCCUGCAAGAAGAGCGGGCACAACGCCAGGUGUUGCGUGUGGAAUUGGCCCAAGAGCGUGAUUCCAGUCUGGUGCAGGUCUCCGAAAGCCGCCGGGAGUUGCGUGAGCUCAGAGCUGCACUGCAAGUUGCCCAGAAGGAGAAGGAGCAGCUGCAGGCUGGAAAUCAGGAGCUGCUGGUGUAUGUCCGGCGCCUGGAGGAGCGCCUGGAGAAGGUGGCUGAUGAGAAAUGGAGUGAAUCAGUUCUGGGUGACGAAGAGGAGACAGCACUGGAGGCUCAUGGCUCCUUGGACUCGCCACUGUCUGAUUCUGAGGAUGAGUGCCCUGAGGACAUGCGCCUGCCUGCCCAGCUCGGUUCCUACAGCCUGUGUGACAACCGGGCAGCUACCACCACACCGCCUUGUGCCCGUGGACCUGCUCGCACCGUGGUGAUCAGCCAGCCUGCACCCCUUGCCAGUCAGAUCAAACAGCCACCCGAGGAGGACUCCAGUUCCGAUUCGGAGGCAGAAGAUGAGAAGGCUGUGCUAAUGGCAGCUGCACAGAGUGGUGGCGAAGAAACCAAUCUGCUCCUGCCAGAGCUGGGCAGUGGCUUCUAUGAAGUAGCCAGCGGACUGACAGGACGGCAGAUGUCGGAACCAGGGCCAUGUGGAAUGGGAGCAUCCCCCUUGGACCUGCCCUCGCCUGCACUUUGGAAGUGCCCCAUCUGCCACCUGGGGUUUCCGCCUGACAGUGAGAAGGAAAUUCUGGACAUGCAUGUUGAUGGGCACUUCUUUUUGAGCACUCCUGACCCCUUUAGUUUUGAGUGACCUCAUUUCCCCCAGUCCCUAUCAUCACUACCACCAAGCCCCCUCGGCUUUUCCUCUUCCUCUUCAGUGGGAUCCAGGCUAGGUAUCUUUCCUCCCUCCUUCCUUUCAUAGAGAGUUUGCUGCAAUGAAUGCACUACCCCAGCAGAGUGGCAUCCAGUGCUAGGUGGCAAAAAGGGGGUACCCUUAUCCUGGGAUCCUCUCCGAGGCCAUGCACUCAGCUAAGUUGCAUUGGGAGGAACAAAAUCAGCUUCAUACAUACACAGAUAUUUACACAUUAACAUGUUAGACCAAAACUGAGCAUAGGUGGCUGGGCAGAAAGCUCAGAAAUUAUGUACAAGACUUGUUUUAACCUCUCACAUGUGUUUUGUGAAGGGCUGUGAGGGACCUGUUCACACAACCAGUUCUCCUGCAAUGUUGACUAAACAUUGAAAAACAGUUAGCAAUCCCUGGCAACGUCAGUGGACUCUCGCAUUUUGAAAGUGACCAUGUGAACAAUAGGAGGCCAUGCAAAUGGUGGUUCCCUCAGGUGAGUGGAUCUCACAGAUUAGUGGAGAAAUGCCAUGACUCAGCAAGAGCAUGUGACUGAAAUACCCAGUGCUUUCUUGUGCACAUAGACCACAUUUGUAUCACAGGAUGAUAACCUAAGAUGAUGAACAUGCCCACACACUUCUACGCAGCACACACUUGGCAAGCCUGUCCAUAGAAACACUGCCAUCCUAAUAGCCUACUACACAGUUCGCAUGGGGGUGGAAUUGCUGUGUGGCUCACAGACAAGGUCCUGCCUUUUAUUCCAGAUUGGAAUAAUACUGAGGCACUGCCGCCCCAUGGUUUUGUGCUCUUAGUCCCAUAGAUUACCAUCCAUUUCCCAAAUCCAUUGAAAGGCUACGGAGAUUUAUCUUGUAUCCUUGAAGUCAGGCUGUGCACACAUUAUGUUGUACGUGUGUACAGCUAUCUGUACAUGUUUCUUGUGUGAUCACUCAACACACACACACACACACACACCAUGUUCAUAGAACUGUCCCUGGUUUUGUCACAGAUCUUAAGUGGCCCAUUGAUGCUGAAAUGAAAAGGGAGAGGGGAAGGAACCAUGUAACCAUUGCUGGGUUGUACUAUUUCAUACUGUGGCAGGGGACUGAUGUUUGAGUGCUCCCCUCACAUAAAAUACCCCCAUAUGCAUACAUAGCUAGCAUGUCAGGAAGAAGAUUUUAGGCUAGCAUUUUCGCUGGAAUGUUAGUCUUGCCUGUCUAGGGAGUAUUUUACCUGGGGGAGUGCUGAGACUGUCUUCCCCCACCCCCUGUGCAUAGUUUGAAAUGCACAGCCCAGCCACAGAUGCCCGGAGUGGGGCUUUUGCUCAUCCAAUUUCUAACUCGUGAGUGUGUGAGCAGAAAACAAACAGAUGGAUGCAAAUGAAUGAAUGUGUAUAUUUAUUGCUUUAGCUAUAGGCCUUUACUCCAGCAAAACCCAAAAGAUUUUAUUGCUUACAUUUAUAUAUUAUAUGGCAUUGUUUCUUUUUAAUAACUACUAAAGCAACCGGGCUAGCAGACACGUAAAUUAGAAUAAAACAUAGAAGAAUUUCCAAUAAAAUCUCCUUCUGCAUGUCUCAACACCACCAGGGAACAAAAUUAUACCAAUUCACAGGCAGGUUUUUCCCCCACCCCCCUUAAACAUGAUCAAUAUCUUCCCUAAAUGUAGUUGUUCCUUUUGCAUAAAUAGCUUAAAAGCCAACGUUAUUUAUUCCAUAGUAAUUCAAGUUCAAAAAUAUUCCAUGUUUUUUAAACUGCUUGAAAAUCAAGUAGGCUAGAGUAAUGUGGGGUAAGCCAUUCUUUUCGCAACAAGAAAUAAGUAGUAGCGUGGAAAGUCAAAGGGCAUAUUUUUAGAUUUGAGAUUAAUCAUGGUGCCUUGAUCAGGGUUGUGUUCUGCACCUCCGCCCCAGAAUAAAUAAGCCAAAUCAUGUACAUUUGCAUAAGCAGUGAAAUAAUUCUGCUUCCAAAAUAAAGGGUAGCAAAUUGUAUAGAUUUCAGAAGAGCAGCCAGAUAAGACUAGUGCAAGAAAAAUGAGUCCUAUGGCAUCUCGGUGAGUGACCAAUUUAUCAUACAGAGCCUUUUCUCACAAGCAGUGAGAAAGGGCAAGAAGGCUAGCAGGGAGGAAGCCUUAAAAAGCUUACCUCCCUGCAGACGAUUCGGUGCUUUCCUUUGGGCAGGCAGGCUGCCACCCAUACGAUUACUGGCUGCUGCCAAUAGCUCCAAGGGUCAGGGUGCCAGACGUCCCCCCUCCCCCCGAGCUCCUAUAAUGCACCAUAUGAGUGCAUCGUGAAUUAUGAGGAUCCCCCGCCUCCAAGGGAGAAGGCAAUGGUAAACCACUCCUGUAUUCUACCAAGAAAACUACAUGGCUCUGUGGUCAUCAGGAGUCGACACCGACUUGACAGCACAACUUUUCCUUUCCUUUCCCCCUCCCUGAAGCCAACCUGGAGGCCCACAGUCAGCAGGCGAUCAUCAAGCAGACACAGCUGGCAGACGAUAGUAGAAAUGGGGUCAGGAGAGUGCAGACGAUCCUCCUUGUUUUGGAGGGUGGCUUUGCCACUGUUGCGCCAAAGUGGGUUUGCCGCCAUGGUGCCACCGGGAUUGGGUCUGAUCCCAGCAGUAUACACACGUGUGCAAAGUCAGGCUGGGCUUCCUUAACCCGGUUUUGCAUGUCCGUGUGAAUAGCUUCAUUGUGAGCUUUCCUAGUCAAGAGCCCACUUCAUCAGACAUAGCACCAGCCAAACCAGUUUUGGAUCUUUGGGAGAAUGAAAGUAGCAGAGAAGGGCAUCGAGACUGACAUUUGAUGACUGGGGCAGGGGUCAGCAAACAAUAGCCAUGUGUGAAAGACAGGUUGUAGAAGACAGUAGAACCCUGGAGCCCCAUCCCUUGGAAUGAAGGCAAACCUGGCCAGCUCCAUUCCAUUUCUUGAACUUCUCUUGGACACCCUAUGGGCUGGAAAUAUGGGUCGCCCAACCAAGUCUUUCUUUAUUAACAUCAUUUUAUUUUAUUUUUUUCUAUGAAAGCUGUGGUUCUCAGGAUGCAGAAUGUUUAACUAGGCAUUGCAGAUGUGCAGCACACACAGAACCCUGCCAGGGUUAUUUGCAUGGUGUGGUCCCCGGUUCUAAUACAGAGUACCCAGUGUAGGCACUCACUGUGUUGGGCUUCUCUAUAGCCACAGGCAGGCAGUGACGGAGAUCAUUUGUGAAUGGUUGCCAGUCUGCACAGGUCAGAUGCACACAGGACAUGUGGCAUGAUCCCUACGUUGCACAUCACCAAAUAUCCUCCUGUACUACUGUCAGGGUUAGGUUUGUUUUCCAUGCAAUAGGAAGCAGCCAGGAGUCAUAUCAGAGUGGGGUGGACCACCAGUGCACCAUUUCUGGUUAAACGGUUACUCUGUGGUUCAUAGGAACACAUAGGAGCAUAGUUCCUCCUGCUGCAGAUGAAGCUGGAAUAUAAUAGCUGUAGGUGCAAACCGUAGGGUGCCUUUGCACACGCAUUUGCUAAUCAACAUUUGAUAGGGAAUAAUGCCCACCCCUAAUUAUCUUGUCACCUCCCAGCCUGACUCCCAUUGUUGAAUAACUGUCUGACAGCUAGCCUACAAUUUAACAAAAUCACACAGUGUGGCUGAACUGUACCAUUCAAACUGCAAGUGGGGGGGAGUAGCAUCCUUGAACAAUCCCCCGUGGACAAAACUCCCUGCACCCAGAAAACUAACAUGUCAAGGAGAAAGAUUCUGUGCUAGCCUUCCCUCUGAUUUGCUCAUUUCUGUGUGCAGGGAGUUUGGGUUUCUUUAUUGCAGCGGGAGGAGCAUUCAAACAUAUUGCUCUCCACCUACAGUCUGAUGUGGUACAAUUCAGAAAAAGCUGUAGGACCUGAUUGUGUUGAAUAGGUAGAUGGGCUAUGAGACUAGUAAGAGGUGAGGAUCCAUGACGAUUCACCAUAUGAAAACUGAUGAUAGCAGAUUCAGAGUAUACCUCUGCAAAUCCAGCAGAGCAGAGGGGGCAAACGAGGUGGUGGUCUUAAGCCAGCCAUAGCUCCUUAAGUAGACUUGGUUUUUCUCCUGAUAUUUUUAAAAAUGUUUUUCUCAAUGCUGUCCUGUAUCUACUGCCACCUCUUCAGCUUGCUGCUGCUGCUUCUGCUGCAUGCACCUCCCUUUCACUGCAUUGCACCCUGCGCGAGUUCUCACUGUGUUGGUUUAUUGCGUUUGUUUCUAUUUGAAUUCCCCCUGUACAUAUAUUCUUGCUCUCCCUUCUUUGUUCCCCCCGCUUUGCACUUUCUUUCUACUAAUGUUUGGUUGCAAAUUAGUCUUCUUUAUUCUGACUCUUGGCUUCUCUGCUGGGCCUUGAGAAACAAAUGCAAGGCCCGUAUGGGGCAGGGGGGGCGGGGAGAGAAAGAGAGAGAGAGAUGGAUAGCUCUCUAGUGACUGUGCCUUUUGGAGAGGCUGCAACGCCUCCACUCACUUGCGCGGAAGCCCUUUCAUUUGGUCUUGAGUUCUCAUCUGCUUCCCUGCAGCCUUUUGUCCUCCCCCCCCCAAACCACCCCCACACACAAAAGAUGGUGGGUUUGGGGUUUUUUAAUGAAUACAGUAGUCAAUGGGAAAAGCUCAAAAGCAAUAACCCCCUGAUCUUGACAUGCCCCCAAGUCUAUGUAUAGGAUGUGUACAUUUAUAUAUAUAUUUAUAUUUAUAUUUAUAUGACAUGUUGCAGCUAUUCUAAUAAAAUCUGGUCUCUCCGCCGCAA